ACAGGCUAAUAUCCCGCCCUCGGCGCUCAGUGUAUGAAGUGGAUGGAGUAUGAAUCGGAUCGCUGAUGAAUGCUAAACUUUGCCGUUUGCUGUAUAAUUAUACUUCUGUUACGGGUGUUGUGCGUCUUAUCAAAAAGGGGGUGCAAAGCAGCCGUAAAAUUCACAUGAUGGUCCACACUGGAGAGAAACCAUUCACAUGUACCCAGUGUGGUAAGAGUUUCACACAAUCAUCAUCCCUUAAUAGACAUCUGAUGAUCCACACUGGAGAGAGACCAUUUAUAUGCACUCAGUGUGGUAAGAGUUUCACACGAUCAUCAAACCUUCAUGAACACAUGAUGAUCCACACUGGAGAGAAACCAUUCACAUGUACCCAGUGUGGGAAGAAUUUCAGACAAUCGUCACACCUUAAUCAACACAUGGUGAUCCACACUGGACAGAAACCACACAAAUGUGAUCACUGUGGUCAAACAUUUACAAGGGGAUCGCUUCUGAAGAUCCAUCUAAUGGUUUCUCAUACAAAUGAGAAACCAUAUUCAUGUUCUGUGUGUGGAAAGAGUUGUACACGGCAGUCAAGUUUAAGAAAACAUCAGAAGAUCCACACUGGUGUGAGGGAAUAUGUCUGCUUUGAGUGUGAGAAGACUUUUAUCACAGCGGAUGAUUUGAAACGGCACCAAAGGAUUCACACUGGAGAGAAACCGUAUAUGUGUUCACACUGCGGCAGGAGAUUCAAUCAGAUAUGUAACCUGAAAGCACAUGAGAAGAUUCACUAAGUAAUUUGCUAGCCUGACUUGCAUAUAUUGUUUUUUUUAAUAAUUCCUCAUGAUAACCAGUUGUUUUCUAGAGAGUUAUUAUCUGUAUUUAAAUAGUCUACACCACCCAACCCACUCCAAGCUGGGCUCGAACCGGCGACCUUCCGCAUGUGAGUUGAUUGCUCUAACAAGGAGGCUAAAGACCAUGGCCUCUAGCGUCUGUCACUAGAGCACCUUUAGAGGUCAGAGGAGUGAGGUGUACCUGCAUAGCACUUACUAGCUGGCCUCCGUUACAUUUGGACAGAACUAGAGUGAUUUUGAACACUUGCUAUUCUGUGACGCACCAUUAUUGCUGAAAAGUACAGAGAGAUUUUGGAGCACACUAUUCUGCCUUCUUUUCCAGGGACGCCCAUACAUAUUUCAACAAGACACUGCAAAACUACAUUCUGCACAUAUUAUAAAGUCCUGGCUCUGGAAGAAGAGGAUACAGGUACUUGACUGGCCUGCCUGCAGUCCCGACCUGUCUCCAAUAGAGAAUGUGUGCUGCAUUUUGAAGACCUCGUAUUGUUACUAGGGCUGGACAAUAAUUCAAUAUCAAUAUAUAUCGCGAUAGAUUUUUUGCAUAUACAUUUUAUUAUAUAUAAGAUCGUAUACAUUGUAUCAUUUGUACCUGAAUGACUUUCAGUGCUCAGCCGUCAGAAAGAGCGCGAUGUCGCUUGCGUGAUGACGUACAUCACAGACACGCUGCCAGCGCUCAGCAGUUGGUUAAGCUCCGUGACCGUCGCAGAAAGAUUUAGCUACAAAACGAGCGCCCUGAACACAGAUGUGAAUGAACAAGCUUCCACGAGUAAGAAUGCAGACAGAUUAGUUUAUCAGGAAAGACUAAUGCAGUGGUGUGGAAGUGUUUCAGCUUUUUAAGUUCAGAUAAACUUAGUUUUGGUGCUCUGAGACAGAUAGAACCCUUAAAAGACGUUCAAGAUGAAAAGCAACCCGAACUAUGAAUAUACUCAUCUGUUUGUAAAGUCUAAAUACAAAUAAAAAGUGAACUUAAAUUUUUUUGUACUUUUUUUAUUUAAAAAAAACGUUAUAAGAUCCUGGGAGGUAUUAAAAAGUUUGCAAAUUUAGUUUGCAGACAUGUGUAGGUACAGACAUUGUGUGCGUUCUUGGCAGUUUUUUCCUGGCUUUUAAUAUUGUCCAUUUCGAUAUCGGAAUUAUAUCGUAUCGACCGAAAUUAAGAAAUAUAUCGUGAUAUAAAUUUUUGCCAUAUCGUCCAGCCCUAAUUUUUACUUGCCUUAAGACUUGUUUGCAGAAAGAAUGAGACUAAACUACACCUGAAACAUUUCAUCACUUGGUGUCUUCAGUCCCUAAUCAUCUUUUAAGUGUUGUGAAAAGGAAUGGCAACAUCACAAAGCGGUAUGAUGGCGUGGAUUUGAUUGAUGGAUGUCCACUCCAGGAUUGAGUGACACAAGUCCUUUCUUAUGUCUUUACUACUGUAUACACACAGAUUUUACUGACUAAUUGAUAAUGUUUAGAGCUUUUGCCAUGUAAGUAUCUGAGAAUCACCCUGUUUACUCGUUCACUGUGAACAAUAUAUUGAUUUACAAGUGAGACACAGAAAGUGAGGGCUUUGUCAUGAAUAUUGAUGCCGUUCUCACUCUUGACAAAGACCGGCCUCUAGUGGGCCAUCAGUGUGACUGUGUGUAAAUGAAGAGACCCAGAACAUGAGCUUCUGUGUUUGUCUUUAUUUACAGUUUAAUUUUAGUCCACAAUAUAAAUAAUUAUGGCCAAAGGCUCACCGUGAUCUGAACAUUUACAUUACUCUGUACCAAGUUUCUUCAGAUUUGAGCCCCUGCCUUGUUUCUUCCUCAGGAGAAAGUGCCUUUAUAA